AUGAUUCCUGCAUAUAGAAACAUGGAUUCAUACCCAUUUCACAGAAAUCAAAUACCAUUUCCUUAUUACUAUCAUCCCUCCAUGGAACAUGUUACCCCACAAAUGACCAAAUCGCCCUAUCCUUAUGAACAACCUUGGCCUUAUGCUAGCAGUUAUGGACCACAUUUCUGCUAUAGUCACAUGCCUUCUUAUCCUCAUGUUCCCUAUUCAUCACCAAUGUUUUGUUCUGGUGGCGGUCCUGGGUACUUUGUUCCUUAUUCUCCACAAUCACAUUAUGGGUUGGAGGUUCCGAGAUAUGAGUAUGAUAAAUAUAUGCUGAAGGAUCGUCACUGUUGCGGUUGUUCUAAUCAUUCAUGCUGCCAAAAGGAAAAGGAAGAUAGAACUGUGACUAUUGAAGAGCAAAAACCUAAUCUUGGUAAGAAAGAGAAUGAUCCUAUGGAGUUUAGGAACUUUCCAUACCCUUUGGUUUGGGUUCCACCAGAGUACUAUGGUAACAGACAAAUGAAAAAUCCUACUGGGGUGGAUGAGGAAGAUAAAAUGUCGCAUGAUAAGAAACUUACUAGGGCGGAGGACUCUGAUAUGCCGAGAUUAUGGAAUGGAUGGUUACCCUUUGAUGUAAAGGGUGUGCCGAACAUGUAUGACAAUGUGGGGGAGAAUGGAAAUGAAAAAAUGGAUCAGAAACAUCAGAGUGAACAACAAAACAGAUCUGAAUUUCCAUUUCCAUUCAUUUGGUUUCCGUCUUAUAAUAAUCAACAGGAUGGUGGAAGGACAAACAAUCAAAAAAGCUGUUCAGUAGGACAGGAAGGUGUUGAGGAGGUGCCUCAUACAUUCAAGUCUGUUCCUGUGAAGUCUUGUGGUGAUGAAGGUGUUGUAAAAAGGACUAAUUCAAAUGAUGUUGAGUCCAGAGAGAGAAGGGAUUUUGAUUUUGCAGAGAAAGUGAGUAACCAAAGAAAUAUUCCUGUGAAGCAGAUUGAGUCGAAUCAUGUGAAAAACAGCUCCAUGGAAAGUGAAAAGAGAGAAAUGAAUGUCCCUGAAGAAAAUGUAGAAAAAAAAUACUCACACUCGGUCAGCAAACAACGGUCUACUUCUCCAACUUCUCCAACUAAGGGAUCAAAGUUACCUCCUGUCUGUCUAAGAGUGGAUCCAUUACCAAGGAAGAAAAAUGGCAAUAUGAAAUCAAGGUCAUUAAGUCCACCUGGUUUAAGGGAACGUUCCAAAGCAAUAGAUUGUGAAACAAGCAACACUCCUUUGGACAGCAGGACAGACAAAACUGAGCUGUGUUCGACUAAUCAGGUAUCCCAAAACAAGACUAAUGAAAACUUGGCCACAAAAACAGCAGUUCAUGAAGAUGGUAAAAAAGAAAGACGAGUUUUGUCGGAUGCAGAUGCUGCUGUUGUGAUACAAACUAUUUACCGCGGUUAUCUAGUAAGAAAAUCAGAGCCCUUAAAGAAACUAAGGCAGAUAGCUGAAGUCAGUAAAGAGGUGACUUAUGUUAAGGAUCGUAUUGAGGUUUUUGAAGGUUCUUCUAAUCUUCAAACUUAUGACAAGGAGAAACUUGCCAUUGGAGAGACCAUAAUGAGACUAUUGCUGAAGUUGGAUACUAUACAGGGUUUGCAUCCAAGUUUGAGGGAAAUCAGAAAGUCACUGGCUAGAGAGCUUGUGACUUUGCAGGAAAAGCUUGAUUCUAUAAUGCUGAAGAAACCUCCUCAGCAGCAGAUGCAAGAGUUAGAUGCUAAGAAACACCUUCAAAUAUCUCUUCCGAAUGUUCAAAAUGGAGAACAUAACCAAGAGAAACAAGAAGAGAAAGUGGCAUCACAAAAAGAUUCAUCUGAAGGUAUCAGUGAUGGAAAACCUCAGGAUCAGCUCUGCAUGAUGGAUGUCAACGGUGUAAGUGAAACUCAGUCCCAUGUUGGUCCUGGAUCAAAUGAGGGAACAAAGACUACUAUUCUACCUAAUGGAUUAUUUAAUCUGGAUAUCAGCCCAGUGGAAUUGGAAUCGGAAGUCAUUGACAUUCCUACUGAGGUUGAUAAACUCAAUAUGAAUGCAUUUAAAGAACUUCCUGUUGGAGUUAUUGAUGAAGAUACCACUGAAGAUUCUGCAAGUGAAAGAUUAGAUUCUGAUAUGCGUGCGAUCAAGGAGCUUCCCAUGGGAGUACUUGAUGAAGACGCUGCCACAUCCCAAGUGAGUAAUACUUCCGAAAAUGAUGUAUUCAUUAAAGAACUCCCAGUAGAACUGCUUGACGAGAAUGCAGAGAAAUCUGAAGCAGAAAGACCUGAAUAUAAAGAAAAAGAUACUGAACUAGAGCAGCCACUGGUUGAAGAAAAAGAAGGGGUGCAGUCUAGCGAGGAAUCAGAUGGUUGGCUAAAGAUUGAGUUCCAGAAACAAGAUGAUGAACUCAAAAUGGAAGAACCAAUGGAAACAGAAGAAUCAGAACCAAUGGAAACAGAAGAAUCAGGAGAGGGAAUUGGAAAUGAUACAAAUUUACCAUCUCUUGGGAAUGAAGAAAAUGAUGUAGCAAACAUCAUGUUGAAUGAUACAAAUUUACCAUCUCUUGGGAAUGAAGAAAAUGAUGUAGCAAACAUCAUGUUGAAUGAUACAAAUUUACCAUCUCUUGGGAAUGAAGAAGAAAAUGAUGUAGCAAACAUCAUGUUGAAUGAAAAUGAUCCAAAAGAGAGUCUUGAACAGCAAGAAACUCAUAUCGAUGUUCAAGACACUGUUGCUGGAGAAACGAACAGUGGUGAUGAUAAAAACACAGAAAAUUUAGCCAAGGAAGAAACUGAACCAUCUGUAGAUUUAUCUGUUAGCAAGCAUAAUUCAGAGUUGAAGGGUAACAUGAUGUUGUUGGAAGAGAAUGAGAAGCUAAGGAAGUUGAUGAAGGAGUUGCUUGAAGCUGGGAAUGAACAGUUAAGUGUAAUAUCAAAUUUGACUGGGAGAGUGAAAGAUUUGGAGAAGAAAUUAGCCAAAACUAGGAAGAGUAAGAAAGUGAAGACAAAGAGACAUAGAUCAGUAACUCCCAAAGUGUCAUGUGAUUACUCUACUGAAUAA